AGUGACUUGACCCCGGAGGAGUGCCAGGAGCUGGAGAACAUCCGUCGCCGCAAGCAGGAGCUGCUGGCUGACAUACAGCGGCUGAAAGAUGAGAUAGCAGAGGUGACGAAUGAGAUUGAGAACCUGGGAUCCACGGAGGAGAGGAAAAACAUGCAGAGGAACAAGCAGGUGGCGAUGGGCAGAAAGAAGUUCAACAUGGAUCCCAAGAAGGGCAUUCAGUUCCUGAUCGAAAAUGACUUGCUGAAGAACACAUGCGAGGAUAUCGCUCAGUUCCUCUACAAGGGAGAGGGCCUCAACAAGACUGCCAUCGGUGACUACCUGGGCGAGAGGGAUGAGUUCAACAUCCAAGUUCUGCAUGCCUUCGUGGAGCUGCAUGAGUUCACCGACCUCAACCUCGUGCAGGCCCUGCGGCAGUUCCUAUGGAGCUUCCGGCUCCCUGGGGAGGCUCAGAAGAUCGACCGAAUGAUGGAGGCGUUCGCCCAGCGGUACUGCCAGUGCAACCCUGGGGUCUUCCAGUCCACAGACACAUGCUACGUACUCUCCUUCGCCAUCAUCAUGCUGAACACCAGCCUGCACAACCCCAACGUCAAGGACAAGCCCACAGCCGAGCGCUUCAUUGCCAUGAACCGAGGCAUCAAUGACGGGGGGGACCUACCUGAGGAGCUGCUCAGGAAUCUCUAUGAGAGCAUCAAGAAUGAACCCUUCAAAAUCCCUGAGGAUGACGGCAAUGACCUCACCCAUACCUUCUUCAACCCUGACCGAGAGGGCUGGCUCCUGAAGCUAGGCGGCAGGGUGAAGACGUGGAAGCGACGCUGGUUCAUCCUGACCGAUAACUGCCUUUACUACUUCGAGUACACGACGGAUAAAGAGCCCCGGGGCAUCAUCCCCCUGGAGAACUUGAGCAUCCGUGAGGUGGAGGACUCCAAGAAGCCUAACUGCUUCGAGCUCUACAUCCCCGACAACAAGGACCAGGUGAUCAAGGCCUGCAAGACGGAGGCGGACGGGCGGGUGGUGGAAGGGAACCACACAGUGUACCGGAUCUCCGCGCCCACCCCCGAGGAGAAGGAGGAGUGGAUCAAGUGCAUCAAGGCAGCGAUCAGCAGGGACCCUUUCUACGAGAUGCUGGCUGCCAGGAAGAAGAAGGUGUCCUCCACAAAGAGACACUAGCAGCCUUUGGUGGCCCUGCAAGACCUGCGUGUCCCAGGCGGCGCAAGCGCCUGGAGACGGAGCGAGCCCGCUGCGGGACUGGGGCCUCUCUGCAGCCUGGCCCUCUGCACCCAGGACCUAGCUUCAGCUUCGCAGUUUCUUUACUAUGGGGGGAGAGCGGGGGCACGGGCGCCUCGGUGGGUCUGGCCCCCCGUGCCGUGACUGCCUCGUCUCCAGGACAUCGUCUUCGUGGGCAGAGCAGCCUCCCUGUAGGCAUGAGCAGGGCUCGAGCUGGGACGUCCCUGCGUGCAGGGAGCCCCGGUCCUCACCCCCGGUCUGCGCGGGGCUCGUCUGCAGGUUGGGAAAGGUCAUUUGUGAGUACUGUCCUCCCGGUCUCGCUCGGCCCGGCUGGGGUUGAGGGGCACGUUAGGCAUCCUUCCCGGUCCGGAUGCACGUGGCAGUGCCGCACGGGAGGC